AUGGCACCCGACCAUUUUCCCAAGAAGAAAUCUACGGAGAAGAUCUCUCCCGGUGAGCUGAUCAACCGCUUCCCAAAUCGCUAUGCGGCCACCAUAGCUCGUACCAGUGCUAUAAGAAAGGAUUUCGGCGGCAACAAGGGAGACGAGCUGGUCGAAGAUGUCGAAAAACAGAGCACAGCUGCAGUGCAUGAAACCCCCACCAUUUCAAACGUCGAUGUUGAAAGCGGAGCGGUCACGGUGGACGUGGACCGAAAAAGUUCACAAGAGAAGAAUAGUUCCGUGGUUGAACCCAAUGCUUCCGCAGCGCCCUCAGCACCUAUUCACGAGCCAAAGUCGCGGCUCGGUGAAUACCACCAAAAGCUUGAACUCGCAGCACAACACCUAGAUGUUGCGCGUUGGAGGCCACGGUACCCCGGCAUUCUCCCUGCGAACGAUCAGCAUUAUUCAGAUUGUAUCAACGCCGUUGCUCUCGGACUGCUAGACACUACUCGAGCUCGUGAUCGCUUACAACGACCUACCGCUUUUGCCAACUUUGGUCCCCGUGGCGCUUACAACGAUCGUGACAUCGAAAUCACGGCAACUUCCUUGGUUCAUCAAGCUGCUCGUCUCUACACACACGGCGCUACGAGCCUCUUCUUCAAAACUCCCGCAAAUAUACCUCGCAAUGAAGAUGCAAACCUACAGUUCAAGGAGCGUCUAGCAGCCUUCAUCAAGCUGAUUCGAGAUUUCAAGAAGGCUGCAGAUGAUGUAAUGUGUGGCCGUUGCAUUGAGGAGUUCCUAGCAGCGCCGGUAGCGAGCUGGCAUGCUUUGAACGAUCUGUUGGACGCAUGGGAUCCGAAUGGAACCGCGAGAUACAUGGAGGCACUAACGGCUCAAGGUGUAGCACUGGAUCAAGCGCGUAUGGGCGCUACAAACCGUUCUAGAAACAUGUAG